AUAAAUGCAAGUGAAAUUCAAAGAUUUUCAGAUUUUCCAUUGUCAAAAAAAACCCUAAAAGGAUUGCAGGAAGCUCAGUAUCGCGUGGUAACGGAGAUACAGAGGCAAACCAUAGGUUUGGCUUUACAAGGUAAAGAUGUUCUUGGAGCUGCAAAGACUGGAUCAGGCAAAACCUUGGCUUUUAUUGUCCCAGCUUUGGAACUCCUGUAUCGCCAUCAGUGGACUUCGGCUGAUGGACUGGGAGUUUUGAUAAUAUCGCCUACUCGGGAACUGGCAUAUCAAACCUUCAAGGUUCUGCGUAAAGUGGGAAAGAAUCAUGAGUUCUCAGCUGGCCUUGUCAUUGGAGGAAAGGAUCUGAAAGAAGAGUCUGAAAGAAUCCACCACAUAAAUAUGCUAAUUUGCACUCCAGGACGGCUUCUACAGCACAUGGAUGAAACUUCGUAUUUCUAUGCAUCUGAUCUGCAAAUGUUGAUUCUUGAUGAAGCUGAUAGAAUUCUAGACAUGGGGUUUGCUGAUACAAUGAAUGCAAUCAUAGAAAAUCUACCUAAGAAACGCCAGACCUUGCUUUUUUCUGCAACACAAACAAAAUCAGUGAAGGAUCUUGCACGGCUGAGUCUGAAAGAUCCAGAAUAUGUUUGGGUUCAUGAGAAAGCCAAAUUCAGUACCCCGGCAACUUUGGAUCAGAACUAUGUUGUCUGUGAGCUUCAGCAAAAAGUAAACAUGUUAUACUCUUUCCUGAGAAGUCACUUGAAAAAGAAGAGCAUUGUGUUUUUUGCAAGCUGUAAAGAGGUCCAGUAUCUGUUCAGAGUGUUCUGUAAGCUUCAGCCUGGUCUUCCUGUACUGGCACUCCAUGGCAAACAGCAUCAGAUGAAGAGAAUGGAAGUCUACACUUGUUUUGUUCGGAAAAAGGCAGCAGUACUUUUUGCUACAGAUAUUGCAGCUCGUGGCCUGGAUUUUCCAGCAGUGAACUGGGUCAUUCAGUUUGAUUGUCCAGAAGAUGCAAACACAUACAUCCACAGAGUGGGAAGAACAGCCAGAUACAAAGAAGGUGGUGAAGCUUUGUUAGUAUUGCUUCCCUCAGAAGAAAAAGGCAUGGUGGAACAGCUGGCACAGAGGAAAGUACCUGUCAGUGAAAUCAAAAUUAAUCCUGAAAAACUUACAGACAUCCAAAAGAGGAUGCAAGCUUUCUUAGCUCAAGAUCAGGAGUUAAAAGACAAAGCUCAAAGGUGUUUUGUGUCCUACUUGCGUUCAGUUUACUUAAUGAAGAAUAAGGAAGUAUUUGAUGUUUUCAAAUUGCCUCUAGCAGAAUAUGCCCUAUCACUUGGUCUUGCAAUGGCACCUCGUGUGAGAUUUCUUCAAAAAGUUCGCAAACAACUGUGUGCGAAUGAGGCAGCUGAUGGGACGGAUCACUUGAAGGAGACAGAGCAAAAUAAAAAUACCCUCUCCUCAAUAAACAAGGAAGGAGUGGAGAAAUGCGGAACUAAUUUCACUGGAAAGGUGUCUGUUAACAAAACAAGGGAAAAGGAGAGAAGGGAAGAAACUGAGGAAUGUUCUGCUUCCAGUGAAGGGGCUGAGGAGACUGAUGAGUCUGAGGAUGAAUCGAAAGAGGUAUCGGAGGAGGAGGAGGAGGAAAAAGAAGUUCCUGUACCAAGCAGGGUUCCAAGCCCAGACUCCAUGCAGUUCUUUGAAGAUGACGACGAUGAUGAUGAUGAUACUAAAGGUCUUGAUUUGCUGACAGUGAAACGACGGAAUGUUUUUGGUGUGGAAUCUAAAGAUAAUCCAGCACCGGAGAUGGUAAAAGAAGAAACUUUGACGUAAAAGGAUGAACAAAAGAAAUUUAAUGAAAAGUACGAGUGA